AUGGAGAGUGCUGACUUGGAAGGCUUAUCUGAGGUACAAGGGAACUUGAUACAAUUCAAAAAUAUGAUUGGGAAGCUCACAGGGAAGAAUGCAUUGAUUGACUAUGGCUUUUAUGGUUGCCACUGUGGUUGGGGAGGCAAAGGAACCCCCCUGGAUGCUACUGACAGGUGUUGUUUCUUCCAUGACUGCUGCUAUUCAAAGCUGAGGAAGAAAGGCUGCAUCCCCAAAAUACAGACCUACAAUUAUGAGUACCAAGAUGGAUUCAUCAUCUGUGGGUCUGGGAACUACUGUCAGAAGCAAAUCUGUGUGUGUGAUCGAAUAGUUGCCUACUGUAUGAAGAAAAACCUGAAGAGUUACAGUGUCAAGUAUCGCUACUUCAAAACUUCCCAGUGCUCAGAGGAUACACCUAAAUGCUGA